GAGCUUUGUAUUGGAGUCACAUGAUGGUCUCACGUCGUGGGGUUCUUCCUUUCACAGGAACUGUACACAGAAGUUUUGGAUUGUGAACUCGUAGUAAAUGUUGCCGGCAUGUUGUUAAUUGUACUCUCGAGUCUGUUAUCGAUUUUAUCUGAAAGCUUUAGUAGCUCAGUGGAUAUGGCUGGUUAUUCAUCGAAACAAGGAAAUCAACAUCUAGAGCUAGAUUCCCUUGGUGCAGUGUUGGCAGACUACGAUAUAAUUUCCUUCUCAAAUGUCCAGCAGCACUCGUUAAGAAAGAGAGAUCUGCAGUCAUCUUCCCAUGUAGAACGGUCGUUAAGUUUUAAAGUAUUGGGAAGGGAUUUCAAAUUAUACUUGACAUCAAAUGCAGAACAUUUUUCUGAAAAAUUUAAGGCAUUAGUAGUUGACGGUAAUGGCAAUAAAAAAGAAUACCAUGUUAAGUGGGAAAACUUCUUUACUGGACAUGUAAUAGGAGAGCAAGACUCAAAGGUACAGGCUCACAUUGAUGGUGAAGAUAUCACAGCUAGAAUUGUUACAGAUGAAGCAGAAUAUAAUAUAGAGCCUCUCUGGAGAUUUACUAACUCAUCCUACAAUGGACGAAUGCUAGCCUACAGAUCAGAAGACAUAAAAGCUUUUACACGUUUAAAGUCUCCUGAAGUAUGUGGUUAUGUAAAACCAAGUGAAAUUCAUUUACUUCCAGAAGGAAUCCCAGACGAGAAUGAUGAAAAGGAAGUAGGAUAUCUUCAUCGUCAAAAGAGACAGAAACAUCCAGAUCCUACACAGAACACCUGCAAAAUGCUUGUUGUGGCUGAUCAUCGCUUUUUUAAGCACAUGGGUCGCAGUGAGGAAAGCACCACAAUCAACUACUUGAUUGAACUAUUUGAUCGAGUGGAUGAUAUUUACAGAAACACCUCAUGGGAUGCAGACAAUGGAAGCUAUAAAGGAUAUGGUGUGCAGAUAGAUCAGGUAAUCGUUCACAAACAACCACAAAAUGUUACAGGAGGAACAAUACAUUAUAACAUGGCACAAAACCACCCACCUGGCAAAGAUGCGUGGGAUGUAAAGAAACUUUUGGAGCAAUUUAGCAUGGAUAUAGCAAACGAAUCUAAAAAAGUUUGUCUUGCACACCUAUUCACUUACCAAGAUUUUGACAUGGGAACACUUGGAUUAGCAUAUGUUGGAUCUCCAAAAGCGAACAGUUGGGGUGGUAUUUGUUCAAGAGCUUAUCUGUCACCUUCCAGGGCCGAGAUGUAUUUAAACACUGGUUUAACCAGCACAAAGAACUAUGGCAAAACUAUUCUUACCAAGGAAGCUGAUCUUGUUACUACCCAUGAGCUGGGACACAACUUUGGAGCAGAGCAUGAUCCCGAUAAUAAACAGGAAUGUGCCCCAAGUGACAGUAAUGGGGGAAAGUAUGUCAUGUUUCCAAUCGCUGUGAGUGGAGACCAUAGGAACAAUAAGAUGUUUUCCAUUUGUAGUAAGGCUUCAAUCUACAAGACUUUGCUUGCCAAAGCUUCAAGAUGUUUUACAGAACACAACAACAAAGUGUGUGGGAAUUCCAGGGUAGAUGAAGGAGAAGAAUGUGACCCAGGGCUUUCUAACCUAUACUCUGAUCCUUGUUGUUCAUCAGCUUGUCAACUCAAACAUAGUGCAAUAUGCAGUGAUAGGAAUAGUCCCUGCUGUAAGAAUUGCCAGUAUGAAAAAGCUAGGAAGAAGUGCCAAGAAGCUAUUAAUGCUACUUGCAAAGGCGAAUCCUAUUGCACUGGCAACAGCAGCGAAUGCCCUCCACCUAGUAAUGCUGCUGAUGACACUGUUUGCGUGGAUUUGGGGAAGUGUAAAAAUGGAGAAUGUAUUCCAUUCUGUGAAGCUGAAAGACAUCUUCAGCCCUGUGCUUGCAAUGAAACUGAGAACUCAUGCAAAGUUUGUUGCAAAGUGAACGGAACAUGUGUCCCUCAGACCACAGGAAAUGACGAGUUCCUCUACCUACGAAAAGGAAAGCCAUGUAUUGAGGGGUUCUGUAAUGCAAAUGGAAAAUGUGAGAUGCAAGUGCAAGAUGUUAUUGAACGAUUCUGGGACUUCAUUGAUAAGCUCAGCAUUAAUACUUUUGGCAAAUUUCUAGCUGACAAUAUUGUUGGAUCUGUUAUGGUGUUCUCCUUGCUGUUUUGGAUUCCUCUGAGUAUUCUUGUGCACUGUGUGGACAAGAAAUUGGAUAAACAAUAUGAGGAGAACACAAAAUCUUUUUUCAAUCCUAGUAAUGCAGAAAUGCUUAGCAGCCUUGACUCUGCAUCAGUCCGUAUUCUGAAGCCAUUUUCAGCAUCAUCUAAUAAUCGUUUUCAGCCAUGUACACCUGUAGGGCAGCCUGUCUCUCUUCCCGUUACAGUUCCACCUAAACUGGACCAUCCAAGAAUGGAUACCAUUCAGGAAGAUCCCAGUAUGGACUCCCACUUGGAUGAGGAAGGUUUUGAGAAGGACCCUUUUCCAAACAGUAGCUCAGCAGCCAAAUCGUUUGAGGAUCUCACAGACAAUCCCAUAAUAAGGAGUGAGAAAGCAUCUUCCUUUAAGCUGCAGCGUCAAGCACGAAUUGACAGCAAAGAAACUGAAUGUUAGUGCACCCACAGUUCUAUGUACACAAUACGUUUUACCAGUUCAGAUAAUGCCACUUUGUGUUCCUACAAGAUGUUGAUAAUAUCCAACCAUACUUUUAUUUUUCCACUGUGAUCAAUGUUAGCUUUACUUUGACUGAUUGCCUGCAAAAUAGUAUCUUCGCCCUUUCAGUUUAACUGAAGCAUGAAAACUUUAUAUAUCCAUAUACUGGAUGCUGACCGUGAUUACUGCCUUUGACAUAGUUUGCAAGGAUAGCACAAACUUUUUAAUGGGGUCAGAUGAAGCAGAGAUAAAAACAAGAUGUAGAUGCUGAAUGUCAUAGAAUUGCCAAUAUGACAAGUUGACUAUUUAGCAUGCAUAAUGAACUAAAAUAUCUGUUAUGGGUGAUAUUCAUAGACAGGCUGCCUAGAAUGCAAGGCAACAUGUAGACAAGAAAUUGCUAGUUCACAUUGUGCUGCCGAGUAGAGGAGAUCUGUACUACUGGGCAGUGAGGGUUUAUAAAGUGCCUCAUUCAAAUACUAAACUGUGUGGAUGUGACCUAUAUAAAUUAAGCUCUUGUGAACCCCUGUGCACUGUCUUGCAUAGAAGGCUUGCAUAGGUUGGAAAUGCACAGACCUCUGUACUAAGCAAGAGAAGUGACAGGAUGCAGAAGUGCAGAAUAAUGUUGUACCUAUUGCAUUCCCAGAAGAAACUCUGCACAGGGUGAAACAGAGCAGCUUUGCCCAGCCAUUUUGCUAAUAGGUAAGUUGCGUAUGUAUGCUAGUGUAUAUUUGUCUGUGUGUGAAUACAGGAACAGAAAUUGAGUGGGUACUGUGACAGAAUAUACAUGACUACUUAGUGUGAGUGUUUGUGUGUAUCUGUGUCUAUUAACUAACUGUUGCGUGAUGCUGAUAUGGAUGCGGAUGUCAGGGAUACAGUGUGUACUAGCACUGGAGUGUCUGUGCAGAUCUGUAUGUUUUUGUCUGUGUUGAGGUCAUUGUUAUCUAACAGGGAAAGCUGAGUAGGGCAUAACUGCAAACUAUUGUUGCUCUGCUUUAGCCUAGGCUUUAUCUAACCUGGUUUAGAUAAGUUAUACACAUUGUGUCUAUGUGCAUUUGUUUGUCUCUGUGGGUGGUUGUAUUUGUGUGUAGAUAUAUAUAUAUAUAUAUAUAUAUAUAUAUAUAUGUGUGUGUGUGUGUGUGUCUGUGUGAGACUAUACAUAUCUUUUAGGUAUGUGUUGAGAGUGAAGGGAGGCUGUGCUUGGUCUUCCAAGAACCUGUUGUACUUUCUUGCAGAGAGUGGUAGGGCACUGAUUUGAGCAGUUGUUUAACCUGCCUGCUUAAACAACUCAAGUUGUACACAUUCACUUAAUCAGAUAUAGCACUACUGCAAAUAUGCAUGACCUUGAAUCACAAUGCAGAGGAGCAGAACAGCUCAAAUUGUGCCUGCAAUACAAGUUGCACUGAUACAGUCAUUUCAAUGAGUUCCACUCCAAGUGUAAUCCACUUUGCCAUGUUAGGACACAGCCAUCAGUAAAGUAAAAAUCCAGAUAAUAUAUUGCAGGAUUUUUUUUCACAAAUGUAAGAUUAUACUCUCUCUCUCACAUUCUGUAACAUCAUAACUUUUAGAAAAGAUAACCCUGCUUGAAGAUUUUGACAAGCGUGUGUGUGUGUGUCUGUGUGUCUGUCUGGUGGAGGGGAUCCUCCUGCAUAGGAUGUAUAAGAGGUCUGCACCACAGUUACCCCAGGGGUUACAUGACACCAGAAAGAAUUACAGAGCUCAAAACACAACUUCACUAUUACUCUCCUGUGUCUGUUCACAAGAUUCCACAGUGAGAAUAAAUACAUAGAGGGUGCAGGAGGGUUUCUUGUCUAGCAAAAUUGUAUCACUCAUUCCCCUUAGACUUAAUGAAAGCACUGUUUUUCACUUUCUUUUCAAAAAUAGCUCCUUCUUUAGACUUAAAAAAUGAUUCAUAUAAUGAAACUAUAAAUGUGUUAUAUUUUGAUUCUUUGCUAAAAUAUUUUCUAUUUUAUUAUGGUGCUUCAAUAAUUGACUGCUAAUCAGUAUAUGUGUGAACCUCAGUAGCAUGCCUUUGAUUUUAAUGUAGCCAAUAUUCUGUUCUUCAGCAGCUUUCUGUCAUCGUUUUUAUCCUUAAUAUUAACCUCACUAAGUUGUAGUGCUCCCAUUCACAGCAUGUGUUCUAAGCUGUAAUUAAUAUGACAUGUGCCUUGCCCUGUCUUUGUCAGGAAAAUAUCUCCUCUGGAUGAUGCGCAACAGGAAGAUUUAACUACUGAGAUAAAGAUUUUCAGUGAAUGGUGUGAACCUUGACUCUAGAUGGACACCUAACCCUUUGUGCAAAAAUGGGGUUGUGGAUGGAAGGAUGGGAUGGUAUGGACAUCCUGAGUGUUUUGCAUGCAGUCAUCUUUUAUUACAUUAUGCCCUUUGAUGCCUGAUUAACAUUUAUAGAUGAGAAGUACUGAGAUCAAGGUUUCAUUGGAUGGUACAGGCAUUGGGAAAGUUUCCUAUGCAAAUAUUCUUUAUUAUUUAUUACAUUGUGCCCUUUGAUGCCUAAUUAAAUUUUAGAGAUGAGAACUCCUAAGAUAAAAAUGUUCAGUGAAAGGUAUUGGCAUUGUAAAAGAUUCCUGUGCAGACAUCAGGAUUACACUGUGCUCAUUAAUGCCCGAUUAACCUUUGGAGAUGAUAAUGUUAGCAGACAAGAGUAGAUUGAGCAUGCGCAGCAAAUAGAGAACACAAGUUCAUGCAAAUUGCAAUAUGUAGUGAGAUAUUUUCCAGUUUUAAAAUGUACUAUUUAACCAUUUUGUGUUUUACUCUCAAGAGUAUCUCAGUGUUGGUGUAAUAUCUUUCCACAGAAAGGAUUACUUUUUUACCCUACACCAAAUGCUACAAAUUCGUGAGUCAGCUCUUAUUGUAUUGAGUAAUUCAUGAAGCGCAAAUCUUAUCUCAGCAACAGAAACUUAAUAGAAUGUUUCUGUCGUAAUGACAGUUGGUGCUGCUGUGCAGUAACUGAAUUGUGUGGGCCUUUAAUGUGACAUUUUGUGCACUGUAGCAAAAUGGGUGCCUGCCAUGAUCAUGGACUGCAGCUCAUGUUUUCCUUAACAAAUGUUACACUAAGCAACUUGAAACUUUGCCAUAUGGUAUUUAAAACUUUACUAUUUUGAGAGUCAUUUUUUCUUUGUAUAUUACCUUUUGGUGUUGUACUGAUUGUAAUUUUAUAAUGACAUUUUGUAUGUGCUAAUAAGUUUUUUCCACAAAUGUAUGAUGCUGAUAUGACAUAAAAAUAAAGUCAGCAUUUUAUAAAUACUAA